UCACUGAAAGACAGCGUCCAACAACAGACGGCAACUUGGUGUCUGUUAAUUAUAUUAUAAAUGAUAUGGAUCAAAAUAAAGAGGCUGAUGAACAAAUGACAACUUCAGUUGAAGCUCAUGCUGAUUUAAUACAGGAAGUUGACCAUAUUGCAUUUCCAUCUGAUCCUUGUAAAAAAGUCGUCGAUGACGAACAAUACAUGUAUAAAAUCACUGAAGGACAGCAUCCAACAUCAAACCGCAACUUGGUGUCUGUUAAUUAUAUUAUAAAUGAUAUUGAUCAAAAUAAAGAGUAUGCUGAAGAAAUGGCAACUCUAGUUGAUGUUGAUUUAAUACCGGAAGUUGAUCAUACAGCAAACUUCAAAAUAAAUAAAUAUUUAGACAACCAGACAACAAAUUUAAGCAGUCAUUUUCAAUUCCCAAACUUACAAAGAAAAAAAAAUUUUAUGGCGAGUAUGAUAAAAUUGAAUAUAAUAACUCAUCAAGUAGUUUUGAUGAACAAGAUUCCGGUUCUAAAUAUAAACAUCAUAAUGAUACUUUGUCAAUCAGUAGCUCAUUAUUACAUGAAAUGGACAGCAAUGAGUCUGACAUCGAAGAACAACAACUUCCAAGUACAUCUAAUGGCUCAGUUAUUCUAACACCUUCCCGCAUAUCUAAUGUGAAGUUAUCUGUACCUUUUAUAUCAAGUAAUUUUAAUUUUGAUGGAGAAGUUGAAACGAGUAAAAAAAAAUAUCACCAACAUGAAUUUGGGAUAAGAUAGACCAUUGUUUAUGUUGUGAGACAAAUGUCACAAAUUUCACUAGGCAUUUAUUGCGAAAACAUAAUGAAGAAAUUGAAGUUAUUAGGUUUAUGGCGUUACCUAAAGGCUCUGCUGAGCGUAAAAAAGAAGCAGAUAUUUUGAGAAAGCGUGGAAAAUUUUUAUUUAAUGUUGAUGGGAAGUCUAAAAUAAAACCGGUACGUCGUCCAUAUUAAUUUCAAACAAAAUCUUCAGUAAGUGAUUAUUUACCAUGUAAGCAUUGCUUAGGUAUGUUUUAAAAAAAAUAUUUGUACAGACAUUUUAAAAUAUGUAAAAAUGUUAAAAUUCAAACUAAAAAAAGAAAUCAAGCUCAGGCAGAUGGCCAAAACCUUUUAUCAUUUACAGAUACAGAUGAACAAUUAGUAAAAAAUGUCUUUCCUAGAA